AAGCACUUCAGUAUGGCCGUGGCUGUGCGUCACCGUCCAGCUUGCUCGGUGUCGAGACCCCUGGACGUCCCUGGACGAUGCACGUUGAGAGGCGUUACAACAGCUCCACAGGCAAAAUGGAACAUCCACGCGUGAUGUGGUAGCAAUUAGCCAACCUCCCACAUAUUUAUUCCGGCUCGGAAAUGGACCGCGAAGGUCUGGCUUCGGCCAUUGCCUCGCUGUGUUCAAAUGUGGCCAUCUUGUACCGAUGGUUCCUUGGAGGAUUGUGUCCUUUGCCUGUAGACGUCGGCACCGAUCGAAGUGCGAUUGAAAUGGCCACCCACGUCACUCAACGCCAGUCUGUCACGACCAUGACGGACUUUCAAAAACCAACAUCAGAUCAAACUGUGUGGGUCACACCAUACGACUUCCACGCUGGCUCAGUGCCGCCUCCACCUCGACAACCGCCUCCAUACGACCCCAUAUUCACCGCCACUACACCGCGAAUGCCCAUGUUGCAGACGUGGAAACGUGGUCAAAAGUACCAGCAUCAGCUACAAGAAAAGAUCAAGGCGUGGCAAGCCGUCGCGGCCAAAAAGCGAGUGUUCAAGGCCAUGCCACUGCCCAAGCUUUACAAAUGCAACGUCACCAAGGCAUCGAAAGGAGAUGCCGCGGUGGCGCUCGUGUGCACCCGGCGCGCGCUUCAGGACGAGAAGAAGAAGAUAGAGGCCGAGAAGAAGCAGUUAUCGAUGGACAUGCUGAUCCUGCUCAACGCGAUGGCAAAAUCCCAAAAGCAAGUCGCAUUCACAUGCCAAGUCCCAAUGGAACGGAGCUAACGUGUAAAUUCGUACGCCGAGUUUCAAGAUUGACCCCUCCCUAACAAAUGAACCCUUCGAAAUAUUGUUCCAAC